CAUCGGGGACGGAAGUGGUGUUGGUUUAGGUGGCUAACUUAGCUACUCACCUAGCCUUAACAAUAGCUUGGAGUUAUUGUUAUUAAUAGCCUCACAUCUUUAACGUAUAGUAGAAACGCUCACUGUAACAUUACGAAAACUAAUCUUACAAAAUCAUUACUUGGCUGUUUGUAAAUGUAACGUAACGUAGCUUAGAAAAUAACAACGUUAGCGUUCGCCUUUAGCUUAGUAGGAGCGUAUUCGUUGGAUAGUAACGUUACCACAUUACUGAAUGGGCGCCUGUAAAUGAAUGAACUGCGUUUACGUUUGACAGGUUGUGAGAAGCGCUGAUUAACAACAUUUAAAGUAAUGGCUACUGGUGCGGAUGUCAGGGAUAUUCUGGAGUUGACUGGAGGAGAAAAUGACGGUCCUAUCAGCAAGAAAGAUCUCAUCAACUCAGACAAGAAAAAAAACAAGAAGACAACAGAAACGCUGACCUUCAAGAGACCAGAGGGAAUGCACCGAGAGGUCUAUGCUCUGCUAUAUUCAGAUAAAAAAGAUGCACCCCCUUUGCUGCCUAGUGAUACUACACAGGGCUACAGGACGGUAAAAGCCAAGCUUGGCUGUAAAAAGGUGCGUCCCUGGAAGUGGAUGCCCUUCACUAAUCCAGCACGCAGGGAUGGGGCUAUAUUCCACCACUGGAGACGUGUGGCAGAGGAGGGCAAAGACUACCCUUUUGCCCGCUUCAAUAAGACAGUGCAGGUACCAGUGUACUCCGAGCAGGAGUAUCAGAUGCAUCUCCAUGAUGAUGGCUGGACUAAAGGAGAAACAGACCACCUGUUUGACCUGUGCAAGCGCUUUGACCUGCGCUUCGUAGUUGUCCACGACCGUUAUGAUUACCAGCAAUACAGGAAACGUUCUGUGGAGGACCUGAAAGAACGGUAUUACAGUAUUUGUGGUAAGCUGACCAAGGUCCGUGCAGCUUCAGGCACAGAACCCAAGAUCUACAUCUUUGAUGCAGGCCAUGAAAGGCGCCGUAAAGAGCAACUGGAGAAGCUCUUCAAUCGCACACCUGAACAAGUGGCAGAAGAGGAAUAUCUUAUUCAGGAGCUAAGGAAGAUUGAGACUAGGAAGAAAGAGCGUGAGAAGAAGGCCCAGGAUCUGCAGAAACUCAUUAAGGCAGCUGACACAACCACAGAGUUAAGGCGAGCCGAAAAGAGGGUUUCUAAGAAGAAGCUUCCACAAAAAAGAGAAACUGAAAAACCGGCUGUUCCAGAGACCGCAGGCAUCAAGUUCCCUGACUUCAAAUCAGCUGGAGUCACACUGCGCAGUCAGAGGAUGAAACUGCCAAGCUCAGUAGGCCAGAAGAAGAUUAAGGCCAUUGAGCAGAUCCUGAUAGAGCAAGGAGUGGACCUUAACCCCAUGCCCACAGAGGAGAUUGUUCAGAUGUUCAACGAGCUGCGUAGUGACCUAGUGCUUCUGUACGAGCUGAAGCAGGCCCACAGCAAUUGUGAAUACGAACAACAGAUGCUGCGUCAUCGCUAUGAGGCCCUACUAAAGGCCGGGAGCGGAGGUGGGGGUGGUGGAAUUACAGUGGCCGGACCAGCUGCAGCGACGCAGAGUGGAGAACUCAACGUCACCAACAGCAAUACAGCAUCCACCCCUGGAAGUGAAGCUCAGUCCUGGCCGAGUGCGGACGACAUCAAGGUGGAAGCCAAGGAGCAGAUCAUUGAUGUUGUAGGAGCACCACUUACCCCCAACUCACGCAAACGCAGAGAGUCGGCAUCCAGCUCGUCUUCAGUAAAAAAAGUGAAGAAGCCAUGAUGAGGGCGAGAGGACCAGCUGGUACACGGUGGCGGGCAAGGGGUUUGUGCUAGUUACUGUGGUCACGGUGGAGACUUCCACAAGUUUUAUGGUUGGACAAGAGGGACACAGGAGCAGGACACCAUGUUUCUGUCCAUUUUUCAAACACACACACACACACACACACACACACACACACACACACAAAUUAUCACAUACCGAUGAGACCUCUCCAAACCCAUCCCAACCUGGCCUGCCCAGCAUCUUUCUGACAAAGGCAACAACUGAGUGACAUUUCAUUCCAUUACUGCUCGUCUCCCUGCCUUCACCAUUGCUCAGCCUUAGAUGAGGCAAGAUCAACUGUAAAUUGCCAGGCUGAGCUAAUCGGGACAGGGGGAAGAAGGUGGGAAUGACUGGGUAAUUGAAAUGAAUUGGAAUGAAAGAAGAGACUCUGGGAGUGGGAGGACCUCGAGCCGCACUGCUCAUUUGACCCAUCUGAGAUUUUUUGUAGCCUAAUCAUGCCAUACUGUUUACUGGAAAUGUGUUUUUGUCUUAGCCUUUAGUACUCUCUGUAGCUCCCUCCUGACCAAGAGUGCGUCUUGCGCUCUCUCAGAUUGGGGUUCCAUCUGAUGCCUGUGCUUUUAUAUUGGACUAGUGGAGCUGACAUGUGUUGUUUCUCCUCAGGUGACCUUGACCUUGACGAUGCUUUAGUCAGUGAUCCAAUAAACCUCAUUCUUUUCUUUUC